CCUGUAUGAGGGAAGAGGCUCCACCGGUCAAGCAGCAUAUAUCAGCCAGCCCUCCGGAGAUAACAAGGAACCUAUUAUACAGCAGCAAAGAUGAACACCGACGCGAUUGUUGUCGUUUCUGCCGCAAGAACUCCUAUAGGGUCAUUCAAUGGAGCCCUUAGUAGUGUACCCCUCCAUGAACUUGGGACAGUAGUCAUUAAAGACGUGUUGAAGAGGGCUAAUUUAAAACCAGAGGAGGUCUCAGAGGUCAUCAUGGGACAUGUUCUCACUGCAGGUCAUGGGCAGAACCCUGCCCGGCAGGCAAGUGUUGCAGCUGGUAUUCCAUACUCUGUGCCAGCGUGGAGCUGUCAGAUGGUGUGUGGAUCUGGUCUAAAAUCUGUUUGUCUUGGGGCUCAAUCCAUCAUGACAGGAGAAUCCAGUAUAGUAGUAGCAGGAGGCAUGGAGAGCAUGAGUCGGGCUCCUCACAUACUGAAUAUGAGGUCAGGGGUGAAGAUGGGAGAUGCUGCUUUGCAGGAUUCUAUAUUGACUGAUGGACUCACAGAUGCUUUUCACAACUACCACAUGGGCAUCACAGCUGAAAAUGUGGCCAAGCAGUGGGGUGUGACCCGUGAAGCUCAGGACCAGUUUGCAGUGACUUCACAGAACAGAACUGAAGCUGCACAGAAGGCUGGAUAUUUUGACCUGGAAAUAGUGCCUGUCAUGGUUCCAUCCAGGAAAGGUCCAGUUCAAGUGAAAGUCGAUGAGUUUCCUCGGCCUGGUAGUAAUAAUGAUUCUAUGUCUAAACUAAAGCCAUGUUUUAUAAAGGACGGUUCUGGUACGGUAACACCUGGAAAUGCAUCAGGGAUAAAUGAUGGAGCCGCAGCCGCUGUUCUCAUGAGCCAAUCAGAGGCUAAGAAGCGGGGCCUAAAACCAAUGGCACGGAUCACAUCCUGGGCUCAGGCUGGCCUUGACCCUUCAGUCAUGGGCACAGGGCCCAUUCCUGCUAUAAGGAAAGCUGUUGAGAAAGCAGGAUGGAAGCUGGAUGAGGUCGAUCUGUAUGAGAUAAAUGAAGCUUUUGCUGCUCAGUCCAUUGCAGUGGUACAGGAGCUCGGGUUAAACCGUGAAAAGGUUAAUGUGUGUGGAGGAGCUAUUUCUCUUGGACAUCCUCUUGGUAUGUCUGGUUGUAGAGUGUUGGUGACUCUGCUCCAUUCACUUCAGAGGACCGGGGGGAAGAAAGGGGUUGCGUCAUUGUGUAUAGGUGGUGGAAUGGGGAUAGCCAUGUGUGUAGAAAGAGAGUAAAGACAGUGUACUGUUGACAUUGAACAAUAACAGUAAAACAUGUUUUCACAACACUACAGCAAUCAUAUACUUGUACACUGUAAAUAAAAGGGAAAAAAACAAUAAUCAAAAUCAUAAGUCUUAAUAGCCAAGUCUGGUUAUGUCUUAUUUCGUCUCAGAGCGUCUUUACUCUCUCAUAAAAAAGCAAAUCUAUUGUGCAUAGUCUGAACACUACCAUGUUCGCUUCAGUUUUAAUCAUUUAUGGUUCGCAAUAUCAGCUUUUAAGACAUUCCUUGUGUUAUUCGUCUAUGGCUGCUGAACUAAUCACACCGUGGAGCUUUUAUUGGUAACUGUGCAGGUCUAUGUAUUGCAUAUGAAGUAUGAUGAGAAACUGAUUAGAAUUUGUUGUGUUUAUGUUCUCUCUGUAUUAAUUCACCAGUAUGUUCAAUGAAGUGAAUGUGGUUCUCACAGAAUGUAAAACGGGACCCAGUAUUUAUGUAAUAGAUAUGACUGUCUAUGCUGUUUAACAGAACUGCCUUAGCGAAUGUGCCAAAAAAACUUAAUUAUAUUGUAAUCUGUGCUUCCAAUAGACAGCCCUUUAAUACUUUCACACUGUUGAUUUUUACCUCAGGGGAAGAACUGUUUACAUAUAUAUCCCGUACUGUUUUCCUGCUUAAUAAAAUUGUAAUUAAGUUA